AUGACUGCCAAACCGCUAGAUCUUUAUGGAAAGUUCAAGGCUAAGAUUACUAGCGAGUAUGGUUUAUCAGAGGAAACAUUCUAUGUUGCCAACAGUUCAUCAAACUCUAUACUCAGCUGGAUGACAUCACAGAAAUUGAAUCUUAGAAAGGUUAUAAACACAGUUUAUCAACUAUCUCCUGCUCUACCUCCUAACGCUCCUGACUUCUUGGAAAACUAUCCUGGCCUAACUCGUGGAAUGGGUGAAUACAAAGGGGAACUAGCUCAAAUACAUAUAGAUGAAUCUGUCAAGCCAUUGGCUCAACUGCAUCGUCGCAUCCCAUUCCAUGUUAGAAAGCAAGUGGAAGAGAAGCUUAAGCAACUAGAGGAAGAUGACAUCAUUGAACGUGCCAAAGGUCCAGCCCCAUGGGUAUCACCAAUCGUUGUAGUACCAAAGCCUAAUAAACCAAAUUAA